AACCCCAGAGCCCACACGCACCCAACCCUCUGCCUGAGCCCCCUCCCACACUCCAAACCCCACACAUGGAUGUAAAAAUUUAGAGGGAACACUGGCGCUUCCCCAAGCUGCUGGAUAUUUCUGCUACCGUGAAACAGUUAAUGUUGCCACUUACCCUGAAACCUAACAAUGUCUUGUAUCAGGCAAUGAGAUUAACGGAAGAGCCCCUUCCACUCUGAUCUCUCAUUUCAGGCUCUCUGCAGACUUACCUGUAUAGCCUGACAUCCAGGUCGCUGGUUGGAGGCUUUCCUUGGAAAGGGCUAGAGCGGUUUAAAAAGUGCUGCAACCCUGCUGGCCUGGCGUGAUGGCUACAUCACGACCCACUUCCUCUGGGUGAGCUGGUGGACCUGGGUGGAGGGCGCUGGGCUUGCACCCUGCCCCGAUGGAAUGAUGCCUCCAGACUCAGUGAUGUUCCAAGAGCAAAAGGGCUUCCAUGAAGGCAGGACCAUUUCAUAGAAGGCCAGUGGCUCUGCACAGCUCCCCUCUCCAACCAGUGGCCUCACCUGUGAUCACUGCCAGGAGCUGCCCCAGGCCAGGGGUGGCUGAGCAGAGGGGGACACCGUGUAACAUUGUGCUCUUUGCAUUGACUUAUGAUGGGGAAUCUCCACCUGGCUGAAUGAAGACGAUACCACUGAGUCUUGCUACCCCUCUGGCCUAGCCCCUUCCCGACUUGUGGAGCCUGAGCUGUGCCCAUAGAGAGGUCUCCAUGCAGCUUCCCCUUCCGAACCCCCAUCAUAUGACUGUUGUUAGGAAUUACGAGGCCAAGAUUCAUGUGGGCACUUCUCAUCUGACUGUUAUCCUGAUAUGGCUGGCUGGGUCAGGCGGCUCCUGCAGAAACCCAAGCAAAGCUCCAGCUCCGCAGGAAGCAGCUUGAACACCAAACUGUCACCACCCUCCUCCUCGGCAGUUGUCACCAGCUCUUCCACCAGCAGUUCAGUGGCCAGCCUGUCUCCUGCCUCCCAGGUGAGCAUCAGCAGCUCAGGGAGGGCUCGCUGGGCCAAGAGCUAUGAUGUGUGCAUCUGCCACGGCCACGGGGACUUUGAGUUUGUCGAGGAGAUGGUCUCCUAUCUGGAGAGCCAGCCCGAGGGCAUCCGCUGCUUCCUGCAGCUGCGGGAUGCCAUGCCGGGGAGUGCUAUCACGACAGAGCUCUGCGACGCUGUCCAGAACAGCCACUGCUGGGUCCUGCUAAUAACCCCCAGCUUCCUCGAGGAUCCCUGGUGCAGGUACCAGAUGCAUCAGGCGUUGGCAGAGGCACCGAUGGCCAAUGGGCGCACCAUUCCCGUGCUGAAGGGCAUUGACCGGAGAGACUACCCCCGGGAGCUGAGGUGCCUCUAUUAUAUCAAUGUGACACACAAGGAGAAUGGCUUCAGGCAGAUUAAAGACACGAUCCUGCGCUACCUGCAGGAGCUCUGUCAUGAGCACCAUGAGCAGAAUAGAGUAACUGGAGUCCUGUAGGGGAAGGGAGCAUCUCGAGAAAGCAGAUCCCGGCCGAAGGGAAAUGGAACGAGAAUCCACAGUGCUGUUUCCAAAGUCUCUGGAGCUGCCUUAUUUGAUCUCAGUGGAGAGCAGAUUCCAGGCGGUCUACGGCCAAGUUCCCCAAUGCACAAAGCACCUAUAGAACUACAAAUGCGAACUGACCCUCACGAGGGUUUCUGAACAGAAGCAUUUCUCUCGCGUCGGGCUGCUCCACACCAUGAACACUAAUAUCAAGCACCGCUGAGAGGACAAGCAAAAUGUCUAGCACCAAUGCAGAGUGAGGCUAAACGCUUGGAAGAAGUAUGAGGCUUGUUCCACGUUGGACUGUACAGUGCAGGGGACUUGGUGGGAAUCUGGAGCUUGAGCGUUGGUGACUCCAAGUAGUCGAGGGUAAACACAGCUAAAUGGAGUUUACCCACUUCUCAUUUGGGGAGUAGGAAGUCUAGUUUAGGGUCCGUCCUUUCAGGAAGCAUAUAGGCAGUUAAAUUUCUAAUUACCUUCCAAAAGCCAGUUUGGAGGUGUUACAAUACACACUGUUGCCUAUGUUAAAUUCCUCCAAGCCCCAAGGAGGAUAGAUGCUAACUCCAUUAUAUAUAUUCCACAGCUGUUUGGGUGGCAGCUGCUGAUCAGCUGGGGGAGGCGCGUGGGGGAGGAGGAAGAGCAGCAGGUGGGUGUGGCCUCAGGGAGGGGCGGAGCAAGGCAGGAAGAGGCGGAGCAAGGGCAGGGCCUUGGGGAAGGGCAGGGUCUUGGGGCGGGACAGUGGAGCACUCCCGGGGUGGGAGGGGAAAGAAAACUCAACACCUAUGACAAGGAGUAUAAACUGACAAGGAGAUUUCCCCUUUUGGAGCUGUAACACUCGUAUAAAGAGGAGCUACGCAUAGGCUCAUCUUUGGUAUUUUGAGUGUAAUGUCAGUUUAAGUUUUGAUUUUUACAAUUGUAAUUUAAAUGUGUGUACAAAUGAAUGCAGAAAAGUGUUAUUUUUAUCAAA